AUGGCCUUGCCCAGGAUAAAAGAUGAAGAUCAGGAGUCGAAGUUUGGAUAUGUGUUCGGUGUUUCUGGUCCUGUCGUCACAGCAGAAAAGAUGUCAGGAUCAGCUAUGUACGAACUGGUAAGAGUCGGUUAUUUUGAAUUGGUCGGAGAAAUCAUUCGUCUUGAAGGUGAUAUGGCUACCAUUCAGGUAUAUGAAGAAACUUCUGGCGUAACAGUUGGAGACCCUGUCCUACGAACAGGUAAACCUUUGUCUGUUGAAUUGGGUCCUGGAAUUCUCGGCAGUAUCUUUGAUGGUAUCCAGCGACCACUGAAAGAUAUUAACGAAAUCUCAAACAGUAUUUACAUCCCCAAAGGUGUUAACAUCCCAGCGUUGUCAAGAAAUGCUGCUUGGGAAUUCCAGCCAACUAACAUCAGGGUCGGAAGCCAUAUAACUGGAGGUGAUCUUUACGGAGUUGUUCACGAGAACACUCUUGUCAAACAUAAAAUGAUCCUACCCCCGAGAGCUAAGGGUACAGUCACUUACCUCGCUCCCCCGGGCAAUUACACUGUUGAUGAUGUUGUCCUUGAGACUGAGUUUGAUGGUGAGAAAACUAAGUUCACUAUGCUGCAAGUUUGGCCUGUGAGGCAGCCCCGUCCGGUCACAGAGAAACUUCCAGCCAACUACCCGUUGUUGACCGGGCAGCGUGUAUUGGAUGCCCUCUUCCCUUGUGUCCAAGGAGGUACCACAGCCAUCCCAGGAGCUUUCGGUUGCGGUAAAACUGUAAUUUCACAAGCUCUGUCAAAGUAUUCAAAUUCAGACGUCAUUAUUUAUGUUGGUUGCGGAGAAAGAGGAAAUGAAAUGUCUGAGGUAUUGAGAGAUUUCCCCGAGUUGUCAGUUGAGAUCGAUGGUGUCACAGAAUCUAUCAUGAAGAGAACAGCCCUGGUAGCAAAUACCUCCAACAUGCCUGUAGCUGCCCGAGAGGCCUCUAUUUACACUGGUAUCACACUUUCCGAAUACUUCAGAGACAUGGGUUACAAUGUAUCCAUGAUGGCUGAUUCAACUUCAAGAUGGGCUGAAGCUUUGAGAGAAAUUUCUGGUCGUUUGGCUGAAAUGCCUGCCGACAGUGGUUACCCCGCUUACUUGGGAGCUCGAUUGGCGUCCUUCUACGAACGUGCCGGCCGAGUCAAGUGUCUCGGUAACCCAGAGAGGGAAGGAUCUGUAUCAAUCGUUGGUGCUGUGUCACCUCCUGGUGGUGACUUCUCAGAUCCCGUUACAUCAGCCACUCUUGGUAUCGUCCAGGUGUUCUGGGGGUUGGACAAAAAGCUGGCCCAGAGAAAGCACUUUCCAUCCAUCAACUGGCUCAUUUCUUAUAGUAAAUACAUGAGAGCAUUGGAUGAUUUUUAUGACAAGAACUUCACUGAGUUUGUUCCUCUGAGGACAAAAGUUAAGGAAAUCCUUCAGGAGGAAGAAGAUCUUUCAGAAAUUGUACAACUGGUCGGUAAAGCCUCCCUUGCCGAAUCUGAUAAGAUAACUCUCGAAAUCGCCAAGCUACUCAAGGAUGAUUUUCUCCAACAAAACAGUUAUUCAUCUUAUGAUCGAUUCUGUCCAUUCUACAAGACCGUCGGUAUGCUCAAGAACAUGAUUUCCUUCUACGACUUGGCCCGACAUGCAGUUGAAUCUACAGCCCAAAGUGAAAAGAAGAUCACAUGGGCCGUAAUUAAAGAAAGUAUGGGCAAUAUUCUUUACCAGUUGUCGUCUAUGAAAUUCAAGGACCCUGUGAAAGAUGGUGAAUCCAAAAUCAGAUCAGACUUUGAACAACUGCAGGAAGACAUACAACAGUCGUUUAGGAACCUUGAGGACUAA